AUGCCGUCUCUGUCAGAGCAGCUGCAGGAGGUGCGGAGUCGGGCUGAGGUGUGUCUGUACUCAGGUGGCAGGGUGGUGGAGGUGCGGGUUGGGGUGAUGGCUAUGGCUAAUCUGCCCCUACCACCCUGCUCCAAAUACUGCCACAUCGCUGCAGAAACCAUGGUCAUAGAAAACAGCUUUGGCAGCAACAGGAAGGAGACCCUUGCAUCUCUGCAGCGCUUGUCGACAGCACUGAACAUCCUGGAAAAGUAUGGCUGUAAUCUGACAAAUCCCAGCAGGCCAAAGUACUGGAGGACCGUGAAACACAACAACCCGGUGUUCCGAGCCACUGUCGAUGCUAUUCAGGGAGGACGCGCAGUGCUCUGUCUCUAUGGUUACUCCAAUCAGCAGCCAGACGGGCUCAGCUUCCCCGAUGAUGUCAUGGAUCCUGAUGUGGGCCGAGUUGCAGCUGUAACACUGGAAGUGAUGAGCCUGAGGAUGGAGCUAGAAAUGCUUAUAAAGGAGGCUCAUGCCCAUCCAGAGUUCUAUGAGAGAAUCAUCCCCACACUAAGACACAAGGACGUGGGUCUCAACACUGAUGCCGUGGUCUGCCACUUCUCCUCCUCCUCCAACCGUUCAGACGGUCAGACCAAGUCUCUAGCCUUUCCCCUCCACCAUCACUCCUCCAGAGACAGCAGUCACAGCCUGUCCCUGUCCACAAAUCACCAAAUUCUCAGGUCCAUUCAGGUCUUUUCCACCUCCUCAAACAAACACCCAGAGAACUGCACUAUCUGUGGAAUCUUCCGGAUCUCUGCCCACUGCCUCACCUGCCUCCAGGGGCUCUGCUCAGAAUGUGACAGACUAUACCACUCCUACCCAGAGAGGGCCAACCACCGACGGACCGCUGUAUCAUCAUCAUCCUUGUCAUCAUCUUCCCAAAACAGGAGCAGUCACAGUUCUUCCACCUGGUCUUGCCUCCACUGCACCAAAGUCAACUCAGUCCACAAUGUGCUGUGUGAGGAGUGUGAGCGCCCUCGUUUGGAACUGAUUGGUUCGAAAGCUGAUGACUCUCAGCCAGCCACCAUCACCGAGUGGCAGUGUAAGAGCUGUACCAUGGUGAAUGCAGCCAGCAGUAUUCUGUGUGAAGUGUGUGAAAGACCUCGCUUGGCCACACGACCUCCAGUGACCCCGUCCCACCCACCGAUCACCCCGCCCAGGCCACCAGCACCAGUGCUGGGCAUGCCUGGUGACCCUGACAGCCAGUGGGUGUGUCAGUUCUGCACCUAUCUGAACUACUCUCCAGCUACAGUGUGUGAGAUGUGUGACCUCGCCCGUCCAGAACCUGCACCUCUGCCUGUGAAGCUCCGCCCUCCCUCUCCUGUCAGACGGGUCCCCGCCCUGCCAAUCAAACCCAAAGAGCCCGCCCCUGAGGACCUGGACUCCUGGAGGCAGAGGCUGAUGAAGGAGGAGGGCCUGAAGCUGAUUCAGCUGAUCAGAGAUGGGGAGAAAAAAGGAGUGAGUCCAGAGGAGGUGUACACGAGCAUGAGGGUAGCAGGGGACAGCAGCAUCCUGCCGUGCAAGUGGUUGAAGACGGAGCUUCCUCUGCUGUUAGACCAGAUCAGGAUGCUGGUGGCAACAUCUUCCCUUAAGUCUGUCUCUGACAGCACCACAACGCAGCGCAUAAGCAGGUCAUGUGGAGGUCCUGCAGAGGAUGCUGGGAAAGAGAUGGACCCAGCAGAAAGUGAAAGCGUGGUCCAGUUGUCCAGAGCAGAGGCCAAGCAGGCCUGGCUAACAGCAGGGGGCGACACUGAGAGAGCUGCCAGACAAGCUCUGAGGGACAGACUCGCCAAGGUGAAGGAGCUGAGUGCACUGGGAUUCAGUGAGGAGGCUCUCUGUCAUGAUGUUCUGAGGCAGAGUGGCGGGGAGGUGAGAGGGGCCCUAGCCCUGCUGCAGCGACCCCUGCUGGAGCCUUUUCACAAGCGCAUUUGGAGUGACAAGCCUGAGCCUCCAGUAGACAUCCAUCACCCUGACAAACAGCGCAUAUGUCGGAGGUUACUGGCGGUGUACAAUCUUCCCAGCUGGGGUCGCUGUGAGCUGGCACUGUCACUGCUUCUGGAGCACAGCGCCCCUUACUCACUGGAGGACGUAGUGCAGGCUGUUCGAGAGUCCCACGACAGGGAGUUCAUCAAGAGAGUGCUGGCUAAAGAGUGCCCCAUCUGCCUCUCUGUCUUCCCCCACAGCAAGAUGCAGUCUCUGACAUCCUGUCAGUGCUCUGUGUGCUGUGGCUGUUUCCAGCAGCAUUUCACCAUCGCUGUAAGGGACAAACACAUCAGAGACAUGGUGUGUCCCGUCUGCUGGGAGCCAGACAUCAACGACCCCGAACACCUCAACAGCUACUUCUCCACCCUGGACAUCCAGCUGCGAGAGUGUCUGGAGCCAGAAGUCUAUGAGCUGUUCCAUAAGAAGCUGACAGAGCAGGCUCUCAUCAAGGACCCCAAGUUCCUCUGGUGCUGUCAUUGUUCAUAUGGGUUUAUCUACGAUGGCGAUCAGCUUAAAGUCACCUGUUUCCAGUGUCGCAACAGUUUCUGUGCUCAGUGUAAAAGGCCUUGGGAGUCUCAGCAUGCAGGCCUGUCCUGUGAACAGUACCAGUCAUGGAAGAGAGAGAAUGAUCCCGAGUAUCAGAGACAGGGCCUGGCUGGGUACCUCCGAGACAAUGGCAUCACCUGUCCCAACUGUCGCUUUCAGUAUGCGCUGUCUAAAGGAGGCUGCAUGCACUUCUGCUGCUCGCAGUGUCGCUACCAGUUCUGCAGUGGCUGUAACAACCCCUUUCACACUACCUGUGCAGUGGACGAGUGCAGCGUGUCUGGAUUACAUGCCCAUCACCCCAGAGACUGCCUCUUCUAUCUGAGAGACUGGGAACCUUCCAGGCUGCAGGGUUUACUGCAGAAUAAUGGAGUGGCCUUCAACACUGAGCCUCCUCCUGGGACACAGACAGGUCUGUGUGGGGUGAUAGAGCAGAAGGAUGAGGGAGGGCAGCAACCAGAUUCAGCUUGUGGAGCUCAGACCCAACCUGGACAUGCUGGACUCUGCGAGAAGCAUUACCGGGAGUACCUGGUCAGCCUGAUAAACAGCCACUCCAUCGACCCCGCCCCCCUCUACAGCUCCAAUGAGCUGCUGUUGGCCUGCAGGAGGUAUAAGGUGGACGACACCCGCAGGGACGGAGAGGACGGCUUCACCUACUACAGCAAACUUCUCGAGAAACUGAUGGAAGAAGUACCCCUUGGUGACAAGGUGCCACGCAAGAAAUAAUCAAUCAUUGCCUGUUUCCUGCACUGAUCAUCAUAUCAACUCAAAACUCAGCUUCAAGAGACCAAUUAGCAACAAUUUCCUUUAAGUUUUACGUCUGUAGAUGUUUAC